GGACCCGCCCGGAAGUGCCGCCAUUUUGGAUCUUCUGCGCACAGACAGACGGCGAGAGUGGAGUGACCCGGCGAUCGCUAGUGGGAAACGGGCACAUCAGAGUAUCGGGAAUUCUGCUACAGCUCAAAGCUGUUAAUUCAUUUUGAGAAAACAGAGCAAGCUCCAAGAAGAUGAAUGGCACCCUGGACCAUCCAGACCAGCCAGACACAGAUACUAUCAAAAUGUUUGUGGGGCAGGUUCCUCGCAGCUGGUCGGAGAAAGAGCUGAGGGAACUCUUUGAGCAGUACGGUGCAGUCUAUGAAAUUAAUAUCCUAAGAGACAGAAGCCAGACUCCACCUCAAAGCAAAGGAUGUUGUUUUAUCACUUUCUAUACACGGAAAGCUGCGUUAGAUGCACAGAAUGCUUUGCACAACAUGAAAAUUCUCCCUGGGAUGCAUCAUCCAAUACAGAUGAAACCUGCUGACAGUGAAAAAAAUAAUGCUAUUGAAGACAGAAAGCUUUUUAUUGGGAUGGUCUCCAAGAAAUGUACUGAAAAUGAUAUUCGGGUUAUGUUCUCACAAUUUGGACAGAUAGAAGAAUGCAGAAUCUUGCGGGGGCCUGAUGGCACGAGCAGAGGUUGUGCAUUUAUAACUUUUACAUCCAGAUCAAUGGCACAUACAGCAAUCAAAGCCAUGCACCAAGCACAAACUAUGGAGGGGUGCUCCUCGCCAAUCGUAGUAAAGUUUGCAGAUACUCAGAAAGACAAAGAACAGAAACGAAUGGCACAGCAUCUUCAACAACAGAUGCAACAAAUCAAUGCAGCCUCCGUAUGGGGAAACCUUACAGGCCUCAACAGCCUGGCACCCCAAUAUUUAGCACUCCUUCAGCAGACCACCUCAUCCGGAAACCUCAACUCCCUAAGUGGUCUCCACCCAAUGGGAGGUGAGUACUCCACAAGGAGUCACUCAGGACUCAAUGCCAUGCAGUUGCAGAACUUGGCAGCUUUGGCAGCUGCUGCCAGCGUUGCCCAGAACACACCAAGCGCAGGGUCGGCACUCAAUACUUCCAGCAGUCCCCUCAGCAUCCUUACUAAUUCUGGUUCAUCGCCAAGCUCAAAUAGUUCAUCUGUUAACCCCAUGGCAUCUCUUGGAGCAUUGCAGACCCUGGCUGGUGCCACGGCUGGUCUUAAUGUUAAUUCUUUAGCAGGGAUGGCUGCAUUAAAUGGUGGUUUGGGUAAUAGUGGCCUUUCUAAUGGCACUGGAAGUACAAUGGAGGCGCUUUCUCAAGCUUACUCAGGCAUACAACAGUAUGCUGCAGCUGCUUUGCCUUCCCUCUACAACCAGAGUCUUUUGUCCCAGCAGGGCUUGGGGGCUGCAGGGAGUCAGAAGGAAGGUCCAGAAGGAGCAAACCUCUUUAUAUAUCAUCUGCCGCAGGAGUUUGGUGACCAAGAUGUUUUACAGAUGUUUAUGCCAUUUGGAAAUGUUGUGUCUGCCAAAGUUUUUAUUGAUAAGCAAACAAACCUCAGCAAAUGUUUUGGUUUUGUGAGUUAUGACAAUCCUGUGUCUGCUCAGGCUGCCAUCCAGUCCAUGAAUGGCUUUCAAAUUGGAAUGAAACGCCUGAAAGUUCAGCUUAAACGCUCCAAGAACGAUAGCAAACCAUACUGAAAUGUGUACUGCCCUGGGAAGUGAGCGAGAAGGAUGUUCUGGUAAGUGUGGGAAGGCUAUUCCAAAACGAGGAUGUGUAUCAGGAGAGAAGCACACUUAGUGAGAACAGACGAUGCUUGCUCUCACUGCCCUGAGACAUCUUCAUGUGCUAACAGCCAGAAGCCUCCUAUUUCCCUCCUAAAGACUCUGGGUACAACUUUUUAUUGUGGAUUUUGCUUCAUAUGAAGAACUGCUUGUACUACUUGUUCCAAGUGUUUUAUUUUGGAGUUUAGGUGCCAUAUCAGUGAUUUUUUUUUUUUUUCCUUCGGACUUUGCUGUGUAUGUACAAUGUGUAUAUAUAUAAAAAAUGCCAGCACCCUUGAAAAAGGAGAUUGCAAUUAGCCAGUGUUCUGACCCUGGCUAGGUGUAGGCCUUGCCUUUUCUCUGCACAUCAAAGUGACAAUCCAGUUCAGUAUCUCGUUUGGGAGUAUUAUUGCCAGUAUUCCUAGGCAUUGGAAUUCUGUGGCCUUUUUCUGCUCUCUAUAUAUUGGUGCAGAUUUCUUGACUAGUUAUCCUAGCCUUACUUAUAAAGAAGUUUGUGUAAUCCAUUAUGCACCUUAAAAUUACUCGUUACUAAGGAUCAGGUCAGAGUUCUUGUUCCACUGUAUCACAAAUUUUAGAUGUGACCUCAUUUUCUAAAUCCCAUUUUCAAGAGAUCCUUAAUCUCUUACACAAUGGGAAUUUUAUUUUAACCCUUAAUAUAUUGAAAUCUACAUGGUAGUGCAGUUAAAAAAAGAAAAAAGUGUCAAGGGUCGUUCUGUUUUUAACUGGCAUCAAGUGUUGCGUAUUAGGAGUAUCUCAUGUGCCUGUGAGUAAGUAUACUCCUGUGCAUAGGUACAUACACGUAUUGUGAACUGCUAAAACUUGAAUGAAAUGUGUUUUCAAAGUUUAAUUUGGUAUAAUGUGAAAGUAUUGAGGCUCCCAGGCUCCUGAUUUAAACUUUUAUAUAAGCGUAAAAAAAAAAAAAAUCAUCAAACUGAAAAAAAAAUUGAAGGAAUAAAGCCUGUAAGAUUCAUCAUUUCUAUUUUUAUAGAGGUUUUAUACAGCUCUGGCUACUGAGCAAUAUUUAUUCCCUAAAUUAUUUCACUGGAAAGAGGUUUUGUAGAAUUCGAAUGAUCGUGAUUUUUAUUUAAAAAAUUUGUUUUUAUAUAUACCGAAAACACCUACAUAUUAAUAAAGCAUCUUAUGAUGUGUGGGGAUGGGUGGGGGGUAGCUUGCAUUUAAUAUUGUGAAGCUGGUUCCUUCUGAUUUAAUUGUAACUGAAUUUUGUGUACCCAACAAUAGAAUGACAAUCCUGUUUUUAGAUGAAGUGGAUUAGUUUAUACAGUUGUUACAUUUCUAGCCCGUUAUCUUUUUUAUGAAGUUAUUUACGGUACUCUGAUAUAGUGUUGUAUUUACUUUGUACAACAGUGUUAUAAAUAAAAACCAGGCUCGGUUUUUAUUCCAUUUAA